AUGGAGAAAAGGCUGCUAGAAGCAGUGGAAAAGACCAGAGCGCCUCCACCUCCAUCUCCUAAAGAAAAGAAGUAUGUGCCACCAUCUCCAGAGGAACCACAUUAUUACUACUACGAGUUUCCUCCUGAAGCAGAAGCUCCGAAUCAAGUAAACGCUGUCGGCCAUUGGAACCCGGAUGGCAACUGGGUCAAAGGGAAACAGAUGGAUGCUCCAUGGAGAGAUCAUCCAAAUUUCAAGUGGAAUGAUCAGAGCCCAAGACAACCACCUCAACCAUCUACACAGCAGACACAACCCUCCGAAGGGCAGCCCAAUUGGCCAGUUCGAAUUCAAGAAAGACUGUACAUUGGAGGAAACAUAGUGCAGAGUGGUCAAGGGAACUGGUCAGACGGACCCCAGGGUAACUGUUCCAGCGGAAGUCAGUCCAACUGGUCGGGAAGACAACAAGAAGGGAACUGGGGAUACAACUCCGGGAGACAACCAAACAACCAGGUGGUGAGCUAUAUUCCGCCACAUCAAAGAGGAAACCAACAACACCAAGGGAACCAACCAUACCAUCAGCCCCAGUAUCAAUCCGAGCACUAUGGGCAGUCAGACUAUCCUCAGCCCAGCUACGGUGGAGGACCUUCAAAUAAGAGAUAUAACAGGCACACCAAUGAAGGUCCAAUAGAGGAGGCACAGAAGGAACAGAGGGCAGCUCUGGACAUGCUUACAAAGCAACUUUCUCAAGUUGCCAUGUCACUAGGGGAACUGAGAGGGAAUGAAGGAAAGAUCCCUGCUACGGGAAGGUAUAUCAAAGCCUCCCUCCACCUGCAAGUUCCCCAGCAUCUACAUCUGGACAGAGCCGAGCAGAGUCCUGUUCCCUUGAUCAAGCCUCCGGAGGAAGAGAUAAGGGAAAAGCGAAAGUAUGCGGUGAGACCUCAGGAGAAGGUCAAGGCGAAGGAACUGAGAAGGCCAAGCCCUACCCCUACCGCGACAUGA